UGUCACAAUUACAAAAAAUUAAUUACCUCUGAAUCGUAUACAAUUUAUAUCUGUCAGUCAUUUUAUUAUGCUUAAGCAAGUUUCAGCAUCAGCUUCAAAAGCUUUUAAGGCUGGAUUAAGACACUUCUGGGCCGAAUGUACGCCCGCUGAAGUACCAUCCAAUACUAAUUUAUGCAUACUGCCCAAUGGAGUGAGGGUGGCCACAGAGGAAACUAAUUCACCCCUAGCCUCAAUCGCACUUUACAUAGAAGCUGGUUCAAGAUUUGAAACUGCCUGUAACAAUGGUAUUACACACUUUAUAGAGCAUAUGGCGUACAAGGGAUUUAACUCAAUGACGAAAUAUCAACUAAAGGAUUCACUUUUCCUAAUGGGUGCUAAGUUAAAUGCCCAAACUAGCAGAGAAAUACAAAUAUACUCAGCUAAGUGUCUGGCGGAGAGCGCUGGGAAUAUAAUCCACAUACUAUCAAACGUGAUCACUGAUUUAGCGCUAUCAGAAGAGGAGAUAGAAGCGGAGAGGUACAAUAUUUGCUUAGAGAUGGUGGACGCCGACAACGAUCCCAAACAAGUCGUGUUUGAUUACUUACACCAAACUGCUUUCCAAGGUACUCCCUUGUCGCAGCGCGUUAUCGGACCCACGAGAAACAUUCAACGGUUCGACCGAGAUUUCACUGCGACAUUCCUGUGCGAGCAUUAUCAGCCCUACAAGUUGGCUCUUGUGAGCUCGGGUUGUCUAGACCACUGUGAGAUGGUUAAUUUCGCUCUCGCUAGGUUUGGACAUAUGGUUGGUAAUCCUGCUUACGAGUCUGAUGAAGGUCCCUGUCGGUUUACAGGUUCUCAAGUAAUUUACAGAGAUGAUUCUAUGCCCUUUGCUCAUGUAGCCAUAGCAGUGGAGGCCCCCGGGUACAACAGCUCUGAAUAUUUGAAGCUGCUUGCGGCUAGUUGCAUCGUUGGUUCGUGGAAUAAAUGUCAGGGGGGCGGCAUAAAUAACGCGUCCCCGUUGGCGCAAUCUGCGGCUACUACCAAUAUCUGCGAAAGCUUUGAAUCUUUUUAUAUUACUUACCGCGAUAUCGGGCUCUGGGGUUGCUAUUUUGUAUGCGAUCGCAUGAAUCUCGAGGACAUGGUAUACAAUAUCCAAAAUACGUGGAUGAACCUGAGUGUUUCAACUCUGUACUCAGAAGCACGACGAGGGGCGCUGCAAGCAUAUUUGAAGCUAGCAAAAGCAAUAUCAGGUGAUCCUUGUGAUGAUAUUGGCAUGCAAGCGAUAUACCGUUGUAGUAGGAAAUCUAUAGAAGAAAUUGCUAACGAUUUGUCGACUGUAAAUCAACAAAAUAUAAAAGAAACCGUAGAUAAAUAUAUUUACGACAAAUGUCCUGCCGUUGUAGCGGUGGGGCCGACUGAAAAUCUACCAGAUUAUACGAGAAUCAGGGCUGGUAUGUAUUGGCUUAGAUUCUAGUUGUUGUGAAAUUGUUUUUGAAUUGAAUUAUAUGACAAAAAUUAA